GGGCCCCCCGUACCGACUCCUCAUGCUGCUGCCAGGCCCGUAAUCUGUCAUGGGCCCCUGUUACCGCCUCCUCAUGCUGCUGCCAGGCCCGUAAUCUGUCAUGGGCCCCUGUACCGCCUCCUCAUGCUGCUGCCAGGUCCAGAGUGUGUCAUGGGCCCCUGUACCGCCUCCCAUUGCUGCUGUCUCCAUCGCCACACUCUGCCAUGUGCCACUUUCAGGUCUCCUCACACUGCUGGUGGGUUCCAUUUUGUCAUAGGGUGCUGUAUGGCCUCCCAUUGCUGCUGCCUCCACCGCCACACUGUGGCUCCACACUCUGGUUUUGGCCCCGUGACUGCCCAAAUGAGUGAAGUGUGUGAGGUGAUUCUAAGAUCGACGGCACUCAUCUGCAUGUCAUACUUACUGACAGUAUUAGUUCUCUUCCCCAGCAGACUCCAAGGGCAUUUAAAUUAAAGGUACAGUGUUCUGCACUAAUAUAA